CACACGCGAGUACACACAAAUGUGUGUUGUAUUGGAUUUUUUUCUCGACAGAGAACAUUUCGGUUUGCUGCAAUUUUCCGGAUUUUGGCAUCGCCCAACGUCGAAUUGAGUGUCCAAAAUGAAUGAGGGGAGCCCGUACUCCAUCCACACGGUGUGUCGCACCUGUCUGUCCACGCUAGACAGCACGGCGGCCUACGAUCUGUUUAGGGUGCCCGGUCUGGCCAAAAAGCUGUGCGUGUGCACCUCCCUAUCUGUGGAACAGGCGGAUGGCUUCCCUAAGAAUCUGUGCACCCUGUGCUUCUCCAAGCUGAAUGACCUGCAUGACUUCCAAAAGCAGUGCGUCGACGCGGUGCAAAAGUUCCAGGAUAUGGUUGCUAGCAAUGCCUUCACCAUCCAAGCUAACUUUGAUGUCCUGGAUACCAGUGGCGCUGUCGCGGAUCUUCCGGGCGAGGAGGACGACAACGUCCAUUUUGAUCCGCUGCUCAACUCUAAGAUCGAGAUUAUCGAGAACGAGGAGGAUGUCUUUAAGAUGCUGGAGUCCGUCGAAAAGGAGGUCGAGGAGGUAGAAAUGGAGCUCGAGCAACCCUUUGCCGACGAAUCUCAGGAUGACUCCUUCGAGAGCGGUAAUGACAACGACCUAGAUGCAGACUUCCAGCUGAACAGCAGUGACGACGACAUUCCCCUUGCCCAGCGUAGCCGCCGUGGUGCUGCCCGUGGUUCUAAGGCUAAGUCGAAGGCGACUGCCAAGCGGAAGGAAGAGGAGGAUUCAGAAGAUUCCAGUUCCUCAGAAGACUCCGAUGGCAAUCUAAAGGAGAAGCCCAAACGUAAGAGGAUUCCGGCAACAGAGCGGGAUCGUCACCGUCUGAUUGACUGCCAUAUCUGUCACCAAAAGUUUAAGAAGGCCAUCCGCUACGAGGAGCACAUGAAGCAUCACAAUGACCUGCUGCCUUUCCAGUGCACCGUCGAGAGCUGCCGGAAAGGCUUCACCACCGCCAAUGGGCUACGCGUUCAUGUGGAGCACGCUCACACGGAGACAUCGGCUAUGCAUCCGUGCACCUACGAGGGCUGCAACAAGUCCUUCGCCCGGCCCGUGCUGCUCAGCUUCCACAUGAAGCGAGUACACAAGGUGGACACCCCGCAGAGGGACUUCCCUUGCACGGAAUGCGAGAAGGUUUUUCGCUGCCCCACCGCACUCAAGAAGCACAUGUACAAACACACAGGCGAGGAACUCCCCUUCGCCUGUGAGAUUUGUGGAAAGCGUUUCCCGAUCAAUAGUGUGCUUCGCGAUCAUCUGCUCCGUCACGCAGGCAUCAAGAACCAUGUGUGUCCAUACUGUGGAGUAGGCAAGACGACUCGCCAGGAGUGGAACAAGCAUAUCCUCACACACACUAAGGAAAAGAAGUAUGAGUGCCGGCAGUGCGAUCACGCCUCCCACAACAAACAGGCUUUAGCCAACCACGUCAAGGUGGUUCACGAAAAGCGAAAGGAUUUCGCUUGCCAGUACUGUGGAAAGACCUUCGGAAAGUCGCAUGCCUGCAAGAUCCAUGAGCGGAGUCACACCGGGGAAAAGUGCUGCGAGUGCAAGAUCUGCGGCAAGGUGUUCCUCUUCGAGAAGGGCCUAACCAAGCAUUUGAAAACACACGAGAAACGUGAUCUGCCCAAGACGCAAGGGGCGAAUCCCUUAAUGGGCGACGGGGCCAGUGGCUCCUCGACAAUAGCAAAGCCCAGUCCGCAUUUGCGAGGUCGCGUCGAACGUGUGGACAUUGCUCAGCUGGCGGGAACGGUGGCAAAUCCGAUUCCAUCGGUUAACCUGCCUUCGUGGUCCCCGCAAGUGAACUUCACCAAAAAGGAGGGUCAACACAUCUGUCCGGAUUGUGGCAAGGGCUUUAACCACGUAAGCAACAUGAAACUGCAUUACAAGGUGGUUCACCAAAAGGUAAAAGACUUCUGCUGCCGCUUCUGCCCCAAGAGAUUCGCGAAAAAGCAGUAUCUGCGUCACCACGAAUACAUUCACACCGGCGAAAAGCCGUACGAGUGCAAGGUGUGCGGCAAGCACUUCCGCCAGGAGCAAGUGCUCAAAACACACAUGAAAGUACACGACAAGCCACCCCGUCCGCCUGGCAAGCCGAAGGAGCCAGCCGGUCCCAAGGCAGAAACUACCACAGUGAAGCGCCAGCAGCCGAAGAACUUCGAGCAGUACCAGGAUCCGGCAGCGGAACGAGCUGCGGCCACCGCUGAGCUGUUGGCCUACCAGAUCGAAGAGAAUGAGGCCAAGCGCAAGGCGGAGGCGGAGUUGCGAAAGAUCCAGGAAGCGGCCUUCGAGCAACUCAACAAGCUCCAGAAACAAACAAACACGUACGAUGGCUUCUACGCGCAGAAGGCGGAGGCGGAAGGUACUUCGGUGGAUGCGUUGAAACUGGACCAUGUUUGAGCAGCAGUAUCAACCGGAAAACCUUGCAACCAAAGCAAAACCGCAUCCGUUUCCGAUCAUUUUCAUUAUGUGUUUCUAUGAAGGACAUAUGAGUUAUAGGUAUAUAAGAAUUACCAACUAGUUUUCGGCACUUUGCACAUCUGUUUUUAAUUUUUUAUGUUAAAACCUACCCUCUCAGCAACUUAAGUUUGUACUUUACUAAUUGUAUUCAUUUUAAAAUGAUUUAAAUAUAAUAAAGAGUAAUAAGCAUUCAAAA